CAAUUAAUAUAAUCUUCAUCCACGAUCGAGUAAACAGGGAGAUCGAGAGAUCAGAUGAUGAUGACGACGACCCAUGGCGGGGAUUAUUAUUACAAUAAUCAUCAUCACAAUGCUGGUAACCGUAACCCCUUUAUAGUUAUGUCUAAUACUGAUCGUCUGCUGCUGGGAGGAAGAUGUAUUAUUGGCGGCGGCGGCGGCCAUGGUGAUCAAGAUUAUAACGAGCCCCACACGCCACAGCCCCAGGAGAAACCACCACCCAUUAAGAGGAGGAGGAGGAGGAGAAGCAAAACGAUGAUGGUGAUGAGUGCAGCCGAGGAGACUCAGAAGUUGCCGUGCCUCGGUGGCCGGGGACCACUUGCGGCGAACAAGUGCAAGGGCCCUACAAGCGCCGCCGCCGACUCAUCACUACAGCAGUGCACGGAGUGCGGCAAGAGGUUCUGGUCGAGGAAGGCUCUUUAUGGGCACAUGCGCUGCCAUCCGGAAAGGCAUUGGCGCGGCAUCAACCCUCCUCCUCCACCAAACACCACCACCACCACCAUGUCUCCUCAGAGCAGCAGCACUAGCAGUCUCUGUUGCCGUGGAGGAGAUGGCGAUGACUAUGAGGUUGCAGCGUGCUUGUUGCUGCUGUCUAACGGCGACGAGGGCCACCAGAAUCCGAGUCCCAUCCAGCAGCAACUACCAGGGGCGGCGUUCCGUGUUCAUGACAACAAGAUGCAGGCAGCAUCGAUAUCCUCCUCCAAAUGCUCGGAGAAAGUGUUUGUGUCUCCACAGCAGCAGCCUCUCAAAGCCAGCAGCAGUAAUUACAAGAACAAUAAUAAUGUAGUACUAGUCAAGGAGGGGGGUUGUUUUGCCGCUGCUGCUAUCAACUACAAGGAACCUGGUAGAGGAGGAGGAGGAGGAGGAGCGUUGCCAAUGUCGAGGGCAGGGGAGGAUGAGAAAGAGGUGCACACGUGCACCAUCUGUUUGAAGGUCUUCUCUAGCGGUCAGGCUCUUGGUGGACACAAGCGGUGCCACUGGGGGCUCAAUAAGUUUCCUCCUCAUCCCAAUAAAGUCACCACUGGCUACCUGGAUUUGAACUUUCCUACAGCCACACCACGGCCAAAACAAGAACAUCAUCACCAUUCUUCACCCUCACUAGUACUACCUGAUCUUCACAACUCUGCCCCCUCUGGUCUGCCUAAUUUGGAGUUAAGAUUGGCUCUCUAAGCACGCACUAGUUUAGUCGUUCUAACUAUAAAUACAAUACAGACUCUCUUUCUUAGGGUUGGGGUAGUUUUUAUCUAAUCUAGCUCAGAAGUUACCUAGUCACCGCGCUCAGCUAGCCUGAUUUCUCUUAAUUGUAAUAAUUAUAUUAUGUCUAAAACUAUUGAUACGUUUGGUGUUGCUCCUCCUGUCGACUGUCGUAUGGUUCAAUAGAAUCAAUUAUCAGAUUACAU